AAACCCCUCCUGCCCCUCCCCUGACGCAGCGCCUCGAUAAAAUCCAUUCCCACCAAGCGGAGUACACUACCAACGCAGCGCGCAGCAACAGAUGAUGCGGGAAUGCUGUUCUGAGUUGCCAGAGGAUAGUGUUGUACUACCACGAGGAAGGGAACUGCGUCCAUAAGAAGCGCAUCCCACUUCUUAUCCUGACCCUCAGCCAGAGCCGCGCGUAAAAAUGGGCAAAAUGGUGACAAGCGCCUUGGCGGCGAUAACUAUCCUCCAGUCGUGGGGUUGCUGCGUGAUGGCCUCGCAGGUCGCCUUCUCCAACUUCUCCGUGGACAACGAGGUGCGCUCCAGCUUCAUCCAGCGGCGGCUGCGGGGCCAAGAGCGCAGGGAGAUGCAGCGGGAGAUCCUCUCCAUCCUGGGGCUGCCGCACCGUCCGCGGCCGCACGCUCACACCAAAUACAACGCAGCGCCGAUGUUCAUGCUUGACCUCUACAACACCAUCUCUGCGGACUCGGAGCUGCCCGGGUACUCCUACUACAAGCCCGUGUUACCGACCCAGGUCUCCCCCAUGGUCUCCCCCCAGGACAGCCGCUUCUUGGAUGACGCAGACACAGUGAUGAGUUUUGUCAAUCUCGUCGAUCAGGAUAUUUCGCACCAGCAACACAGAAGAGAAUUUCGGUUCGAUCUUUCCCGCAUUCCCGAGGGCGAAGUUGUCACAGCAGCAGAGUUCAGGAUUUAUAAAGAUUUCACGCGGGAACGCUGUGAGAACGAGACCUUCAGAGUGAGCGUGUACCAGGUCCUGCAGGAGCCCCCAAACAGCAAAGUGGAGCUCUUUCUGCUGGAACAGCGAGAGGUGUGGGCUACAGAGGAGGGCUGGCAGGUCUUUGACCUGAGCAACACCAUUAACCUCUGGCUGGUCAACCCUGAGCAGAACCUCGGCCUGCACCUGGUCCUGGAGGACAGCCAAGGUCAGAGGAGGAAGCCCAGGCUGGCGGGGCUGGUGACAGGAGGCGGACCCCAGGAAAAGCAGCCCUUCAUGGUCGCCUUCUUCAAAGCCAACGAGGUGCGCUUCCGCAGCAUCCGCUCUGCCCACGGCCACAAGGGGGGGCGCCAGUCCAACCGCUCCAAACCCCAGAGGACUGUCCAGGACGCACUCAAGGCAGUGGAGGCGGCAACAGAUAACCGCGGCGUCGCCAAAGAGGGAUGUAAAAAGCAUGAGCUGUAUGUCAGCUUUAGGGACUUGGGAUGGCAGGACUGGAUCAUAGCACCAGAGGGCUACGCAGCCUUCUACUGUGAGGGGGAAUGCGCCUUCCCUCUCAACUCCUACAUGAAUGCCACCAAUCAUGCCAUUGUGCAAACGCUGGUGCACUUCAUCAACCCAGACACCGUGCCCAAGCCCUGCUGCGCCCCCACGCAGCUCCACGGCAUCUCUGUGCUCUACUUCGACGACAGCUCCAACGUCAUUCUCAAGAAGUAUCGCAACAUGGUGGUCAGAGCAUGUGGCUGUCACUGACCCCCCCACAGUUAAUAAAGGCGUAAGUGAAGGAACCAGAGACAAGAGAUGAUUGACUGGCUGGUCACCACGGAGCUCUUGCCACAGAACAAACUGGAAAUAAACUGGUGUUCCGUCUUCGUGAGCCUCGGAUGCAGUACUACUAACCACUACCACAAACCAAAUACAAGUAUUGGUAACAGAGGAAGGUUGAACAAAGGGGUUUCUUUUGCUUUCUGUUCUUUUUCGAUGAGAAGAAGCAAACAGAAAGGACACCAAGCAAUGUGGAGUUACUUCAGAGAGGCAAAAAAAAGAACAGUCAGUGCCGGAAACAUGAAAUUAAAAGGCUACAUUUUUCUGUAAUUGCAACUCACAUCCCUCUGCGUUUCAAUUCAGGCACCAACCGUAGGGCAUUAGAAUAUAAAACACGGCUUGGGUGGAAAUGUGCAUUUGGGAACUGAUUCAACAGCUCACAAAACUCUAAAUCUCCAUCUUCCCUGUUGAACCACUGCGCCUUUCCCUUUGGCACAGCCGGUGCUGAAUUGGUUUAUUCAGCAGGCCACUUGGACCAGGUCAGGUGGAGAACAUCUGGCAGCUUGCGUGUGUGCUGCCGAUGUCCGGGAGCAAAGCGAAGAACGCCUGUGAAGAAUGUUAAUAACAGUACGAGACUGGACGACCUGCACGUUGGACCUGGUUUACCGCGCGGACCAAACACCGCAGGCCCGUGGACUCUGCAAGACGUGAUUCAUCGGCAUGGGGCUGACAUGUGCGCGCCUUCGCAGCUGCUUUCUGAUGAGAAAAGGGAAGCUGUCGUUUUAUUUAGUCGGAUUAAAGUUAAUAAAUGGAAACUAUAAAACAAGAA